AUGAAACAUCUACAGUUACAGAUACUUUUGUUGGUUCUGACAUGGAAUCAAGCAUCAUUGAAGACUUCCAUUGGCUCUCACUACACAGGAACAGAUGAAGGAAAUGCACAAUUACAGUCAAACACUUUUCUCAAAAUGUACAGAAAUGGCAGAUUAGCAAGGUUUGACAGCGCAGGGAACACACAUAUACUCGAGAAGACUCAGAAUGAUCAGAACAUGGACUCCUCACAAGCCCCAACGAAGAGAGUACUGAAAGGGCAAAGACCGUUCCCACACAGGAAGCCUAGUCUAACUGACAGCGUCUCUGCUCAAGCGCCUAAUCCAGUUCGACAGAAACCUCAAUCUACAGCAUUGGCUGUCUCCAAUGGCACCAGCUCCAUCAACAUUCUUGCUGGUUUUGCUGGUAAAAAUCGUGUGCUGGUAAUUUCAGCCCCAAAUGACUCUGAUGGCUAUUACAGGUUAAUGAUGAACUUGCUUAAGCCGGAGGUGUACUGUGAGAUGGCGGACAGACACAUGCUGCAGAUUGUAAUGUUCCAUGAAAAGGUGGAGAUUGGAGGAAAGGUGAGACGUGUUAGCAGUCAGGGCUCUGUGGUGGAGUUGCCGCUGGAUUCAGCCUUGGUGCCCAGACUGAUGAGCUUCCUGAAGCUGGAGGAGGGCAAGUUUGGGAUGGUGCUGCUACGGAAGACCCUGCAGGUAGAGGAAAGAUACCCGUACCCUGUGCAGCUGGAGGCGAUUUAUGAAGUGAUAGACCGUACACCUAUGCGUAGGCUGGAGAAGGCAAGGCAAAAGGGCUUCGUGCAGAAGUGCAAGACUGCUGGAAUUGAGGGCCAGGUGGUGCCUUCUUUUGGCUCUAAUGCAGUUGGUUUGCAGCCCCAGGUUGACAUUGCACGAAAUAUAGGGAGACAAAAUGGGGUGAGACCAGUCCCUCAGCCCACCCAGACAGCUCAGGAACAAAUAUCAACUGCCAUCAGACCCACUACAAUAACUACAACAAAAAAACGUACAACCACAAAACCUCCUACUUCAGCUUCCAUAACAUCCACAACUACCACCUCUCCCUCAACCACAACUGCCAUUACCACAAUUGUACCCACCACAGUGGAGCAAAUUGAUCCACAGACAAUACGGGUCUACCAGCCCUCAUCACAAAACCAACAAAGGAAUCCCUUAAACACAGCAACUCAUCCCUCUGUUACCUCAGACGUUUACAUUCAACACAAAGAAAAAUACAUUAACCACACAGAAAUGAUUUCUGCAACCUCACCAACACAAAAAUACAGAGAGAAGCCCAAGGACAAACCGUCUGUGGUAAAAAAUGGAUUGAGUAAAAAGCUUAGUCAGCACAUAAGAGAAUAUGACAUGCAGAGACCAAUGGCUAAUAAAUCAGAGAAAGACCUUAUGACACCCCAAAAGAGGAAGACCAAAGUUGAUGAUGCUGACAGGAGGAAGAAGACAGAUAGGCUUGAAAAGACCCCUUCAGGGAAAAAAGGCCCAAAAGUUACUAAGGAGACAAAUUUCAGUCUUCAAAAUAAAAACACUGGACGAAAGCCAAAUGUUUAUGAAGAAAGUGCUGUUGUGGGCCAGUCAAUCAAUCCAAAGAAAUUGCUAGAAACCUUUUUGAGUUAUUUUGAGAGAAGGCGACGGCUCAUAGUAAUUACUGCUCCAGAUGAGCAGAAUCAUAUGUACAGUGAACAGAGGGAUGAGUACCUGGAGCAAGUUUGUGACAUAGCCCUGCGCAAAAUUUCCAUCAUCACCAUUUUUGGGCCUCUCACAAACAGUUCCAUGAAGAUUGAUCACUACCAGACAGAACAGGACAAACCUUUACGUGGUGUGCCAGACAUUGAUCUUAUCAACCAUGAUCUCAUCACAGCGUUUCGGAAGGAGCUUGGGAUGAUAUACAAUGAGUUCUACAUGGUGCUGACAGACUUUGACAUGAAAGUCAAGCAACGAUAUGAAGUCCCAAUCAUCAUGAAAGCAGUGUUUGACUACAUUGACACGCUGUCAACUCGCAUUAAAGAGGUGGAGCAGCAGAGGAAACUUGGGGUUAUGUGCAAGAAAGAAGACAAAUCAAGAUCUCUAGAGAACUUCCUCUCUAGAUUCCGUUGGAGACGGAGACUGUUUGUAAUAUCCACCCCUAGUAAUGAAGAAUGGGCCUAUCAACAACAACUCUACACCAUUAAUAGCCAAGCCUGCAACCUGGGACUGCGCCACAUAUCUGUACUGAAGCUUACUGGGAAAACCCUGGAUGACAUAAGUGGAGUCCUGGAGCUCUAUCCCAUAAAUGGAAGUGCAUCAGUGGACCGUGAGGACCUGUCUGCUUCCCUGGUGCAGAACAUCAGAAACUACUUUCAGAUUAGCCCAGAGUAUUUCUCCAUGCUGCUUGUUGGGAAAGAUGGCAACGUGAAAUCCUGGUACUCCUCCCCUAUGUGGUCCAUGUCAAUCAUUUACGAGCUGAUGGACUCCAUGCAGCUCCGCAGGCAGGAGAUUGCCAUCCAGCUGUCUCUUGGCAUGCGUUGCCCAGACGAUGACUAUAGUCGCCAUGAUGGUUACCAUGAGAGCUAUCAUCGUGGUUACGGUUACUAAGAAUAGAAUGAAA